AUGCCGGCACCUCUUCUGCUAAAACGAGAUUGGCAGCGAGAUCACGUAUACUUGGUGCAGUUCCCUCGAGCAGGAUGUAUUCCAAGUUUAUCAAUGUUCGCCUUAAAAUUGGAAACUUGGCUUCGGAUGACUAAAAUUUCAUAUUCGAAUAUCAGCAAUGAAUUCACUAAAUUUUCGUCCAAAAAACAAAUCCCAUUUAUCGAACUGAAUGGACGACAAAUACCGGAUAGUAAUUAUUGCAUUGAACACCUUGCUCGAGUCUUUAAGAUUGAUUUGGAAGAGCGAUUGAAUCCAAUUGAAAAAGCACAAGCUCGAGCCUUUACUUGUCUUCUCGAGGAAUCUAUAAGAUGGAUCAUUCUUUAUAAUCGAGGCAAAAACAAUAAGUUCUUGGCAACAGAGGAAGGCUUGAUCAAGCACUAUAGAGGUGCUAAAAAAACUUUCUUCCAAUAUGUAUUUGUCGAACAGUUGCGGAAAAAGAUUUGGAAGUUGUGUUACUGGCAAGGAAUUGGCAGGCACACAAUUGAUGAAGUUGAAAACAUUGCAAAGAAAGAUUUAACGGCGCUGUCCGUUUUCCUUGGUGAUAAGCAAUACUUUUUUGGUUCAACACCCACCACGCUGGAUGCGAUUGCUUUCGGCAAUUUGGCCCAAUUAUUUUAUACACCGAUGGAUAGUGAAGUUUUACGGAAAUAUAUGGAAGAAAACACUCCAAAUUUAGUAUCUUACAUUCAGCAAAUGCGUGAAAUGUACUGGAAAGAUUGGGAUGAAGCGUGUCAAACAUUAUCUCUUAAUACUCAAAAUGAUACUCUCAUUUGCAGUGAUGUCAAGAGAUGA